AGUUUUCGUGCAUUCUACAUGUAAAGCCAGUUCCACCUACAACUACAUACGAUGUUUUUUCUUUUCUUGUGAACGUUUAGGCACCGUGGUCGUGAGCAGUGUGAAGAAGAACCAGCACCAUGUCUGCGCCGAAGCGGAUUUUUUCGCGGACUUUUGCAUUUUUUCUAGAGCAACUAUUGCUAGGCAGUUGCAUAAUUUUUUCUCUUCACAUCAAUCUGCUAAACAGUAACAGCUACUAUGAUUUUUCUUUCACCGGCGCGACACCAACCGGUACUACAUCAGCCGUUCGUCCCUUCGCGGCCUUCGGCUUCCAACUACGAAAAAGGUUGCGAAUAUCCUCCUUCCUCGCAGACACGGAGCCCUACCUUGCGGCGGCCCACCAGCGCGACGGCAACAAUCCGCGGCACGACACUCGGGAGUUUCGCCCGAAAAACAGCGUUGCCGAGUGCCACAGUGGCGCGACUAUGUUAAAAGAGACGACGUUUGCAGCUUGCGGUGGUACUGCAGGACGAGAGGCAGCUGGUGCUAGUAAAGAUGCGGGGGAACAAUUUAUUUCUAGUAACGCGCUAAGCUCUUGCUGGGGAAGACUGCGGUCCACGUCGAGCGACGGGGUGGGGGAGGAAAAUGAGCCGCGCACGGCUCGUGGUGGUGCGCGAUCUUCUUGUUCAUCCAACACAUCAGAAGCUCCAGACAGUUCAUUUCGGCGGCGACAAACAUCUGACGGCCAGCACAGAUCUGACGAACAACAAGCUCCUGAUGCAGGCGGGAUUCUCAAUUCGCCGAAAAGGAAAGAUUUAGCAAGAGAUGAUGAACUUUUCCCUGUAUCGGCAACCAGGCAGGGCGAGUACGACCCAGCACAACAGGAAGAUGAUAACGAUGCUUCCGCAUCGUCGAGCACUGCCGGCGCUGCGAAAGAACAAGAAUCGCACUUCGGCCCCGAAGAUCAAGAACCGCUUCUUCUUGAUCCGAGACACCUCGCACGAUUAAGUGUUUGGGACCGAGAGCAGCGGGAGGUUGACCACAGAAGCAAGAAGUACGUGAAAUCGCAGGUUCUUCGAGGCUUCAACCUACCCGUCGAUGCGGAUUUGGAACAGCCGCUGUCCGAGGAGUGGGGCUGGGGCCCGUUCAUGGCGAAUGGAGGUAAUCCUGCAGCGCCUGCGCCAACGCAGUCCCUGCGUGGUUCGGAAGUUGUAGAACAUGUAGAUGCUGAUGGGCAAAAAUUUUUUAUCGAGGAACCGGAAAAUGAAAUGGACCCAGUGGUGGAACGCGAAAGGGCACAACCACCGACAGGAGCUAGUCUUUGCUCGGACCAAGUCGAAGAAAAACGACGCGUUGCGAGUGAAGUGCAGGAUGUUCUUGGUGUGAAGACAACAACAGCGACGACGAGUACGACUAGAACUAUGAUACGGGAAAAAUGGAUACCCGCACCAGUACCAAUAUCGUCUGGAGAAACAGAAAUAAUUCCUCCUUCAGUAGCAAUGCGGAAAAGGUGGGGAACUCCUUCCUCUGCUCCUUCAGCCGUGGUCCACCCGGGAGGUGGUUUCCCGCUACUUCCGCGUCGCCGUAGCGGGGGUGUGAUUCCCGCUGAGGUGUUGAGUGCCGCAUUUGAUGAUGAGUUUCACGUCCAGGAAGAACCUUCAGAAGGUGAAGCUAGCAGUUGUGCGGACGAAGAAUUAGAAGAGGAGUGCCUUUUGCCAAUAGAAGAGCAUGAAAACGAUCAUCAGCGAGAGGAGGAGGUGGAAGAGGAACAAGCAAGUCCACCACAAAGCGCCGCCGCCGCUGCGCUACCGCAGCGGAGUGCUCGUAAACAGCUCCUACAAUUAGACGACCAAAUACACCAAAUCCACCCCGAUUACGAAGAGGCUACCGGUAUAUCUCCGUCCAAAAUGGCCGCGCGCCACCGAGCCCGGCGAGACAGAGACCUGCAAGGCUUCAAGCAUGAACCGGGCGUUUUGAUGUUACCAAGGAGUUGUAUUGUUACAAAGGAGCCUAAAGAAGAACGAGAAGUACUAGCGAGAGUACCGGAGGCACUGGACUACUCUGCCCGCCUUAACCGCAAAAUGUCCGCCGCAUCUGCCGCGACGACUGCGCCGGAGACCCCUGGAGGCACGACUGCCACACUAACGCCCGCGUCUACUUUUUGUACUGCGGGUAGAAGUAGUGGUAGCAGCCCUACUAGUCCGUCAUCUUUCUUCUACGCCGAACGUUGCUUCUCACCUCCUUCACAUCCAAGGGCCGCACCAGCGGCCGCACCGGCGGCGGAAGAUUUUCACAUUCAACGGUCGCCAACAUCGACAUUUCCUGUGCCGCGAGGGAACAAUAUUAGGAACAAGAGGGGUGCUGGCCCCUCCGGCGCAGCCCCUCUGUCAGCGCCACACGGAGAAAUUGAAAUAAAACACAAGCAGCAAGGCCGUCGUACAAAAACCGUCGACACUACAGCUUCUACUUUUGGGUUUCUCUUCGCGCCGUUCACCGCUGGCGGGGCGGAAGCGGCUGCGAAUGAGGACAAGGAACAGCAGGUCGUGUCGCCACGAACGACGACUCUCUGGGGCGGGGUCCGGAUUACAGAUGAAGCAGCAUCUUCUAAAGCGGGGAGAACUCGUUCCUCCGGAGCUGAGCAAGGAUCUUCAGCGGCUGCCGAGGAGAGCAAAGCCACCUGUGGUCGUGAACCUGCAGCAGUAGACGGGGACCCUUUCUUGUUAACGCGAUAUGAAGACGCCGACGCGGACGAGGGGCGUUUGCUAGGUGAUCAUGAUGUCUCCCCUGCUCUGCGGCACAUCGACGAGAGGCUGGGUAACCUGAGAUUGGAUCAUGACAAAAGUGGCUCACGACCAGAAAAAGGCGCAGCUGCAAGAACAUCAGCACCCAGUGUACGAAUAACUGAGAACCUUGGACUAGAUGUCGUGCGUUUGUAAACAUAUCUUAGCAUACGCCUCCUUGCCCACCCAGAGGCGAGCACACAUGUUGUUUUCUCUCGCAGAGGAAGAGGAACACGAACACGAGCUAAACUCUAUGCUCAUUGAUCGAGCGUCUUUGUUUAGGUUGUUUCGCGUUCGUGGAAAAAAGUGCCAGCACGUGCAUGCAGAUAGCGACGUACAGGUGUUAGAGGCUUAGACCUCCCUUAUGAAUGUGCAGCUUAAUACCAAUAGGAAUACACUUUCACUUGCAGCAACUUCUGAAAGCCCUGGUCCAUACCUAGUACUGCUACUUCUUGUUACAUCUGAAAAGGAAUUACGAGUACACUACGACGACUAGUUGUACGAAAAUUUCAUGUGUUGCGCAAAGAACCCAGAUGUUGUGUUGCAACAGUAUUUCAAUCCGUAAGGAGCUUCAGACCGUUCCUGGUGCU